AUGCGAACCAUGCGGCUGCUGCUUCUCGCCCUGCUCUUCUCCUCCUCCUUCGCCCGCGCCGGCUGCGACCCCAAGAUCGUCAACAUCGGCGCGGUGCUGAGCACCAAGAAACACGAGCAGAUCUUCCGUGAGGCGGUGAACCAGGCCAACAAGCGGCAUGGCACAUGGAAGCUCCAGCUCAACGCCACCUCGGUCACGCACAAGCCCAACGCCAUCCAGAUGGCUCUCUCCGUUUGCGAGGACCUCAUCUCCAGCCAGGUCUAUGCAAUCUUAGUUAGCCACCCUCCUGCUCCCAACGACCACCUCACACCAACUCCUGUGUCAUACACAGCUGGCUUCUACCGGAUCCCUGUCAUUGGGCUGACAACACGCAUGUCUAUAUACUCUGACAAGAGCAUCCAUCUGUCCUUCCUGCGCACCGUGCCCCCCUACUCUCACCAGGCCAACGUCUGGUUCGAGAUGAUGAGAGUCUUCAACUGGAACCAUGUCAUCCUCAUCGUCAGCGACGACCACGAGGGUCGUGCUGCACAGAAGAAGCUGGAGACCCUCUUGGAGGAGAGAGAGUCCAAGGCUGAGAAAGUUCUUCAGUUCGACCCUGGCACCAAAAACGUGACGUCGCUGCUGCUGGAGGCUAAGGAGCUGGAGGCUCGAGUCAUCAUCCUUUCUGCCAGCGAGGAAGAUGCAGUGGCAGUGUACAAAUCAGCAGCCGUGCUCAACAUGACUGGCUCGGGCUACGUGUGGCUGGUGGGGGAGAGGGAGAUCUCGGGCAGUGCCCUUCGCUAUGCCCCUGAUGGAGUGAUCGGUUUGCAGCUCAUCAACGGCAAGAACGAGUCCGCCCACAUCAGCGACGCGGUGGCUAUCGUGGCCCAGGCCGUGCACGACCUCUUUGAGAAGGAAAACAUCACCGACCCCCCGCGGGGCUGCGUGGGCAACACCAACAUCUGGAAAACAGGACCCCUCUUCAAGAGGGUGCUGAUGUCCUCCAAGUACUCCGAGGGUGUGACUGGACGGGUGGAGUUCAACGAGGAUGGGGACAGGAAGUUUGCCAACUACAGCAUCAUGAACCUGCAGAACCGGAAGCUGGUCCAAGUUGGGAUUUACAACGGCAGCCAUGUCCUGACCAAUGACCGGAAGAUUAUCUGGCCAGGAGGAGAAACAGAGAAACCUCAAGGCUAUCAGAUGUCAACCAAGCUGAAGAUUGUGACGAUCCACCAGGAGCCCUUCGUGUAUGUGAAGCCCACUCAGGCUGAUGGGACCUGCAGGGAGGAAUUCACCAUCAACGGAGACCCUGUGAAAAAGGUGUUCUGCACUGGGCCCAACGAGACCAUCCCAGGCCGUCCCACCGUGGCACUGUGCUGCUAUGGCUUCUGCAUUGACCUGCUCAUCCGGCUGGCAGGGGUGAUGAACUUCACCUACGAGGUUCACCUGGUGGCUGAUGGUAAAUUUGGUACCCAAGAGAGGGUGAACAACAGCAACAAGAAGGAGUGGAACGGGAUGAUGGGGGAGCUGCUGAGCGGCCAGGCAGACAUGAUCGUGGCACCCCUCACCAUCAACAACGAGCGGGCACAGUACAUUGAGUUCUCCAAGCCUUUCAAGUACCAGGGCCUCACCAUCCUUGUCAAGAAGGAAAUCCCCCGCAGCACCCUGGACUCCUUCAUGCAGCCUUUCCAGAGCACACUCUGGCUGCUGGUGGGGCUGUCUGUGCACGUGGUGGCAGUGAUGCUGUACCUCCUAGAUCGAUUCAGCCCGUUUGGCCGGUUCAAAGUAAACAGUGAAGAGGAGGAAGAAGAUGCCCUGACCCUCUCCUCAGCCAUGUGGUUCUCCUGGGGAGUCCUGCUGAACUCUGGCAUUGGAGAAGGUGCUCCCCGGAGUUUCUCUGCCCGUAUCCUUGGCAUGGUGUGGGCUGGCUUUGCUAUGAUCAUUGUGGCUUCCUACACUGCCAACCUGGCAGCCUUCCUGGUGCUAGACCGGCCCGAGGAGAGGAUCACUGGCAUCAAUGACCCCCGGCUUCGCAACCCCUCUGAUAAGUUCAUCUACGCCACGGUGAAGCAGAGCUCGGUGGAUAUCUACUUCCGACGGCAGGUGGAGCUGAGCACCAUGUACCGGCACAUGGAGAAGCACAACUACGAGAGCGCCGCCGAAGCCAUCCAGGCAGUCAGGGACAACAAGCUCCACGCCUUCAUCUGGGACUCGGCAGUGCUGGAGUUCGAAGCCUCCCAGAAGUGCGACCUGGUGACCACGGGGGAGCUGUUCUUCCGCUCCGGCUUCGGCAUCGGCAUGCGCAAGGACAGCCCCUGGAAGCAGAACGUCUCCCUGGCCAUCCUCAAGUCCCACGAGAACGGCUUCAUGGAGGAUUUGGACAAGACUUGGGUGAGGUAUCAGGAGUGUGACUCCCGUAGCAAUGCCCCAGCAACACUCACCUUUGAGAACAUGGCAGGUGUGUUUAUGCUGGUGGCUGGAGGUAUUGUGGCCGGGAUAUUUUUAAUAUUCAUAGAGAUAGCUUACAAAAGGCAUAAGGACGCGCGGAGGAAGCAGAUGCAGCUGGCGUUCGCGGCCGUUAAUGUGUGGAGGAAAAACCUGCAGGAUAGAAAAAGUGGUAGAGCAGAACCUGACCCUAAAAAGAAAGCCACUUUUAGGUCCAUCACCUCUACCCUGGCCUCCAGCUUCAAGAGACGUAGGUCCUCCAAGGAUACGCCCUGCAGAAUGGUCCCUCAGGAGUGCCAGAGAGACAGGCUGGCACCAUGGAGCCAAGACAGCCCUGGGAAGCUACCGCCCCACUCUGAACGUCCUAGCGCCCACCAUCACCCGAGCUGCACAGCCUCUCCGCGGCACAUCAUCCCCACCGCCCCAGGAGGAGAUGCAUGUGUUCCCCAUAGGCAGCUCCUGCAACUCGAGUAG